CAGACACUGUUAGAUUUACUGCAGGGAGAACAGAGGCUGUCUGACAGUUGAACACUGAACUGGAUCAAUAACAUUUGCAACAAUGGUUGAUGCUUUCUGCGCCACAUGGAAACUGGUGGACAGCCAGAACUUUGAUGACUAUAUGAAGGCACUUGGUGUCGGUUUUGCCACAAGACAAGUGGGCAAUGUCACCAAACCAACAGUAGUGAUCAGCCAGGAUGGGGAAAAAGUGGUGGUGAAAACCCUGAGCACCUUCAGGAACACCGAGAUCUCCUCCAAGCUGGGAGAGGAGUUUGAAGAGACCACGCCUGAUGACCGACAGGUCAAAUCUACUUUCACCAUGGAGGGAGACAAACUGGUGCAAGUGCAAAGGUGGGACGGCAAAGAGACCAGAUUUGUCAGAGAAAUCAAGGAUGGGAAGAUGGUGAUGACUUUGACUUUUGAGGGAGUCCAGGCAGUCCGCACAUAUGAGAAAGCCUAAUUUACCAUCUACUUGAAUGAACAAAUCAUCCCUGCACUGUAACAAGGUUCCUCCUGUUUGUUUGUUUUUCAACCUAAAAUGUUGUUUUUACUGUAUGCAGUGAUUUGCACUUUGAUUUAUUGUUGUAACUUGAGAUAAAUAUUUUGGGGAAAUCUUUUUAUAAGAUCUUUUAUAAGAAAUUCAGACUGUGAAAGGGCCUAAACUGUUUGAUUCGGUGUAUUAACUGUUAAAAAGGGGAAAAAAUAAAGUGCUUGACUAAA